UUCGGCAAAGAUGUCUGCUACGGAUGUAGGCGGUUGUGGACCCGGAGCAGGACCCAGUUCGGGUGCUGGGUCUGGGGCAUCGAACCCCCGAAAAUUUAGCGAGAAAAUAGCUCUACAUACCCAACGUCAGGCUGAAGAGACUGCUGCUUUUCAGGAGGUUAUGAUGGACAUCACCUCUACCAGGAUCCAGGCUCAGAAAGUGCGUCUGGCUAGAACCCAGGGCCCGUACUAUGGGGGCUCCCUACCCAACGUUAAUCAGAUCGGCAGGAACCCAGGCGACUUUCAGGGUUUGUUCCACUCUAACCUGGACUCCAGCCGCUCCACACGGCACCACGGCCUGGUAGAGCGGGUCCAGAGGGACAGGCGCUUCAUCUCCCCAGUGCGCCCCUACAGGAGAGUGGACAGCUCUCCAUACAACUCAGCCUAUCUGUCCCCACCUCCGGACACCAAUUGGAGAAGGAACUGUUCGGGCAACUUCCCAGGAGACAAAAGCCAGUUAUUUCGCCUCCCCACCAUGGCACUCAACAGGACCAACUCAGACUCUGCCCUCCACACCAGUGUGAUGAACCCCCCUGCAGGAGACCCCUUCAGUGCUGGACACACACUCACCCCUCAGGGCAGACUCACUGGUCAGAGUGAUGGAGAGGGGAGAAGAAUGUUUCCGUACCCAGUUCCCCCCAUUGAGGAGAACGUUCUGGAUCAGGGCAAACUGCUCAAGCCCUGGGACACCAAGAAGUUUCCCCUGCUGUCUUCUCGACCCAAGUCCUGUGAAGUUCCUGGUAUCAAUAUCUUCCCCUCCCCGGACCAGCAGUCCAGCACCCCCCAUGCCCCCUCAGCCCUGAACACGGGGGGCUCCCUGCCCGACCUCUCCAGCCUGCACUUCCCGUCGCCGCUGCCCACCCCGCUGGACCCAGACGAGCCGGGCUACCCUUCGUCCAUGAGUGGGGGCAGCAGCACGGGCAACCUGGCCUCCACCCUCACCCAGCUGGGUAUUAAUGCCAGCAACGCCUUCCGCCACUCGCCAGGUCUCCUGGCAUCUCUUCAGGACACUCUCAGUAACCCCUCCUUGCAGUCCUCGCUAAGCAACCCCAACAUCCAAUCAUCUCUCAGCAGCCACUCCUUCCCCAACUCCCUCAGCUCCACCUCCUUGCACUCGUCGCUUAGCAACCCUUCCCUGCAGUCCUCCCUUAGCUCCUCCCCCUCCCUUCAGUCUUCCCUGAGCAACCAAUCCCUGCACUCCUCCCUCAGCAACUCCUCCCUGAGUGGCCAGUCCCUCCAGACCACAGCCAGUAACCCUAGUUACAGUAGCGGGGUGGGAGGGUCCGGCUCGUGCUCCUCUUAUUCGCCAUUGCUAACUAGCCAGGGGCAGUCGCCUCUCAGCACGUCGCCACGGAGACGAGCUCAGCUCUCCCCUCUGAUCCUACCCAUGGGAGGGGAGUCUCGCCGGCACCACUCCAAACAGUUCUCCCCCACCAUCUCUCCUAACUUGUCCUCCAUAACACAGGGCGUCCCUCUGGACACCAGCAAACUGCCCAUGGACCAGAGGCUCCCUCCCUACCCCUUCAGCCAACCCCAGCAGCAGCUUCAUCAGCCAGGUCCUCCAGCAUCCCAGCAGGCCUCUCAGGCAGGACAACAGCUCUCCCAGCCGUCCGUGAUACUACAACAACAACAUCAACAACAGCAGCUUCAACACCAUCAGCUGCAUUUGCAAUACCAGCUGCACCAGCAGCAACGUGCCCAGUCUCAGCAGGCCCUCCAGCAGCUGCACCUGCAGAACCUGCGCAAUGUCCAGAACCAGCAGAUGCAACAUAGGGUGUCAGUCAAAAUUGAGAAGCAGGGUGAGCAGGGCCAGAACUCCCAGUGCCUGCAGACGCAAGACCCGCAGUCGACUCAGCAACAGCAGCAGCAACAACAACAGGACCAGCAAGACCAACAGCAGCAGAUGGAGCAGCAAAGGCAGCAGGGAAGUCUUCCCCAGCUGCAGCACAUCAGCCACUCUCUGGCCACAGACCUGGGCCUCUACAACGACACAUUACUGUUAAACUCUCUGUUGGAUGAUCCCUACCUGGGCCUGCAGAUCGCCUCCAGACAGAACCAGCAGUUUAACAUGGAGACUCCGGGAGACAGCCUGUUGUUCAACCAUGGUGGCUUGGGCUGUGGGAGUGGUGGAAAGGGCCAGGAGGAAUCCUACUACCCCAACCAAGGCUUCCUGGAGCUCCACGAUUCAGGGGAUAGGCAGCACCUUAACAACCAGAACUUUGGGGGAGAGGGAUGCCACAACGUCCCUAACAUCAUCCUCACAGGAGACAGUUCAUUGGGCCUCUCCAAGGAGAUCGCCAGCGCCCUGUCCCACGUGCCAGGGUUUGAGAUGGACUCCUUUGCCCUGGACGACCCCCUCAGGAUGGACCACCUGGUCCUUGAGGGGCUGGGCAUGCUGGAUGGGGACCUCAUGCUGACUGACCCCGCCGUGGAAGACUCCUUCCGCUCCGACCGCCUCAAGUGAUCCCCCCCCCCCCCCGCCUGGAGUGGAUACUGAGGAGUGAGGAGGGAAGGGGCUUGGAACAACCCGGGCUGAAGUGGAACAGGUGGGGUUGAGCCCUGCUUUGCUUCCUCCUCCUUGGUGAUUGACCCAACCACAGGAUAUGCGACUAAGAGGUCAGGUGGGAGGUUUUGGACAGUCUAGUGCAGGGUUCUCUGACUGGUCCUGGAGAGAAACUGGGGAGCAGGCUUUUGAUCCACCAUAGUACUAAUACACCUGUCAAAUAAUCAGCUAAUCACAGUCUUCAAUCUGGACCUUGAUUAUUUGAAUCGUGUGUGUUAGUGCUGGGCUUGAAUAGAAUUCUACAUGCUCUCCAGGACCAGAGUUGGAGGCACCUGGUCUAAUGGGGACCUCUCCACAUGCUUUUUGUGAGGUGAUGUGGUGGUAGGGAAGGUUGGAGGACAGGACUGACAUGUCAGUGGUUGGAGCAAGUUUUUUUCAAGGUUCUUUCCGCUACAUCCAGGCAUUUAUCGAAAACGCACUUGUGAUGCUUAAGAGAAAAAAAGAAAAUAUCGGCAUUAGCUUGUACGAGUCUUAUCUGCAUGUAAACAAAUGCACUUCGGAUAAUGCAUAAACGCAGGGAUCACGCAUGAGGUCAGUUACACUUGAAAAUGCCGUCUUGAAAACCAUACAAUAUGCAUUCUAUAAGACAGGACUUUCCCGACUGGUAUUUCGGCUUUGUCUGUCGGUGUUCCAUCAUUCCAACGCCAGUAUGGGGAGGCUGGAAUAUCAGCUAUGUUUGCCAUCAUUCUACUGCAAGAACAUACAGUAGAUCUGGGGUAUUUAUGGAUUACAUCAACCCAACCAGAGACUGUUCAACCAAUAGGGGCCAAUUGACAUGUUAUUAAGUGUUUCUAUUUGAUUUAAGUUUGGUAAAGGUAAUUCAAUGGCGGACCUUGCUAGCUAUAGUUCAGAUAUAGUUCAGUCUUUCAACGGACAAAGAGAAGAAAGUGUUUUUUUGGAGAGGUGACUUUCUCAGUCCCUCAGGACAAGUUGGCACUUACGGGGCCAUUUUAGUGUCUGGACGGCAUAUUCGUCUGUAAGAUUAUCACUAUCUGUGUUCAAGACCCAGCUAAAUUGACCUUUCUCACUUAACUGACGUCAACUCGAAUCGUCUUGAUGAUUCCGAAUCAAAAAAAUAACUAAAUCAAUCGUCUAAGGAUAUUGUACUCAUAUUGAAUCAAGUAGUCCUUAGAGUCCAUUAUCCAACUCUCUUUGUUUAUAAAAACAACACAUAAAAUAACACAUUUCACUGCACCUAUCUGGUGUAUGUGACAAACAUUUGUGUAUUAUUUUUUUAUAUAUGUCCCAACAUGGCAGCUGUUGUCAUUCUGCCAGCCUGCUUCUAUACCAUGGAGCUUCUCUGUAAGUUUAAGCCGAGGACCUUUUGCUAUGUACCACCCCUGUGUGCCUGCUAUCCUGCUAGCUCCCCCUUAGAUCUUAGACCUACCCUCUUCUACACAUUCCAUUUGAAGCAACUAGGGACUGUUUGUUUUUAAAUGUGUACUAUUCACAAAGUGUCUGCCUUCCAUCAAGAGAAUUGGCAUUGUUGACAUGAAAAAGAAAGAGGGGGCAAAAGCCCUCAAUACAUUUCAAUGACAUAAAUUGGAGUUGUAUGUUUUAUCAUUGAGUAAUUGGGAAACGGCAAGGCCAAAACCAAGUAGACGAAUGCAUAGCAAAAAUUUUGCCAUAGUAUGUAUUGUAACUGUUACUACUAUCCUAAGGCCUUGGAGCUUUAGUGUCCGUUUUAGUCAGGUAAUCCUAGCCACUGUGAUUGAUACCUCUAACCCCUCCCACCUGCUGCACCUGUCUUGCCACAGCAAGGGCCAUAGCCAGAUUAUAGUAACAUAUUUUUAUGUAACAAAGUAGUUAUUACUAUUAAGUUGUAUUUUUUUAAAUUAAAGGUGGUCUAUGUCUUUGUAUAUAAAUAACUGAGAAUAUAUUUAAGAAGAGAAGCUGUUUGGUUCCGCAACACCCUGAAACUGGUUGCAUGAUUUGAAAAGCAACAGGUUCUGAACAAUGUAGUCCAUUUGCUAUGCAAAAUGUUCUUGUGCAUGUCUUGUGUGACUGGCUGGGAGUUGUCAAAUACAAUUUUUCAUAUAGUACAUUUGAAUCAUACUAUUGUAGCGAAAAUAUUUUUUGUGUUUUUAAAUGGUCAUAUUUUGCUUUGGUGACAAUUUUUGAUAUUGGUGUCUAAAGACUACUGUAAGUUUGACAUUGUGUGGCAGCAACAGGAAGUUAGAGCGCUUGAGAUAAUAUCGUUUAACUUUCAUAAUGACAAAGAUUAUGGAAAUCAGCCCUUCUUUCCAGUGUGGACUGAAAGAGGCCAUGUUUGACAGACUUAAUAAAACACAAGCGUUGCAAUUUGGAUAUAGAAAGCUGUAUGCAACUGUUACAUCAUAGAUUGGUAAAACAUAAUCCUAAAAUGAAGUAGUGCUGUUCUGAAGUUGUGCUAACAUAGAAUUUAACCCCCUUAUUGACAGAUAUUGAAGUACCUCUAAUUACCGGUAUGCUUUAUUUCAACCAUAUUGCUUUUACACUGAUCAUAUGAGCCAAAUGCAAAUCUGUUUUGACAGGAGUGGUGGUUGAAGUGGUUUGAGUAUCAAACCUAUGGUAAAACCCAUUCACUACUGCCCCCUAGCCAACAGUAAUAGUGUGGGUUUGCAAAGUCCCCUUUUACCACUGUGAGCCAACUUUGUGCCUCGGUGUAUAUCUUGCUUCUUACUAGGCUGGUGGUGUUGGUAAGACCACAAGUCGUUUUGAAGAGUCAUAAUAAUGCAUUUCCAAUUUAGCCAUAAAUGAGGAGGUAUAAAAAAUAAAAUAAAAGUUAGUGUGAAAAUCAUA